GUCUAAUUUAUUGUGUGCUCAACUGCUCAUUCAGAAUGCAACUACUCGUGAAGUGCCCCACUGGCAGGACAAUCUGCCUCAGGGUUCGGCCAUCAGAUACCCUCUCUACUGUCAAGGCCAAGAUUCAGGAACAACACCGCCUUUUCUUUGAUGGAGUGCAGCUAGAGGACAACCUUACACUGGCUGAUUAUGGCAUUAAGCACAAGUCCACGCUUGACCUCCAAGAAAGUAUGCAAAUCUAUGUAAUGGAGACCCUAGCAGGCAGGACCUUCACUCUUGAGGUUGACAGCUUGGAUACCAUUGAAGAGGUGAAGUCCAAGAUCCGGGCUAAUGAGGGCUUUCCCAAGGGUCGGCAAUGUCGCAUCUUUGCCAACAAGCAGCUGGAGGACGACCGCACCUUGGCAGACCUCAACAUUUGCAAGGAGUCCACGCUCCUCCUUGUCCUCCACCCUUUCAAUGCAGGAGGUAGGAUGAUCAUCUUCGUGAAGACCCUGGAUGGAAAGACAUUCCGUCUUCAGGUUGAGAGCUCAGCUACCAUCGAAGAUAUCAAGAUGAAGAUCUAUGAGCUGGAGAGCACUUGCCCGUCAAAGCAACGCAUCAUCUAUGAUGGCAAGCAGCUGGAGGACGGCCGCACCCUGGCGGAUUACGACGUUAAGGAGGAAAAUACUCUUCAUUUGUGCUACUGCCUUUGUGGUUGUUGAUAUAGAUGCUAUGGUCAUAUUACCUCAUUGGACGACUUUCCAGUAGUCUUAUUUCUAGUGUAUUUAUCAUUAAAACUAUUGUUGCAGUCUGUCUUUCCUAUGGUGGCUGUAAAACUAGCAUGUCUGGUACGUUAUAUCUUGGUACUUUCUAACCGUGAGAUCUUGUUAUAUCAAGUACCCCUGGUUCUGUCUUGGCAUCAACUGAUUGAGUGGGAUA